AUGAUGGAGCUCCUAGAGGAAGAUCUCACCUGCCCCAUUUGCUGUAGCCUGUUUGAUGAUCCUCGUGUCCUGCCCUGUUCACACAAUUUCUGCAGAAAGUGUCUGGAAGGAAUUCUUGAGGGAAACGUGCGGAAUGUGCUUUGGAGGCCAUCCCCUUUCAAAUGCCCCACGUGCAGGAAGGAAACUCCCGUUACUGGAGUCAACAGCUUGCAAGUCAACUAUUCCCUGAAAGGUAUCGUGGAGAAGUAUAACAAAAUCAAAGUAACUCCGAAAAUGCCUGUGUGCAAAGUGCACAGCGGGCAACCCCUUAACAUUUUUUGCCGGACAGACAUGCAGCUCAUCUGUGGGGUUUGUGCCACCCGUGGCGACCACACAAAGCACAUGUUCUGUUCUAUCGAAGAAGCCUAUUCCCAGGAGAAGCGGGCUUUUGAAACCCUGUUUCAGGGCUUUGAAACUUGGCGUUGCGGAGAUGCCCUCUCGCGGCUGGAUACCUUAGAAACCAGUAAGAGGAAAGCUCUGCAGAUGCUGACCAAAGAUUCUGACAAAGUGAAGGAGUUCUUUGAGAAGCUGCAGCACACGCUGGAGCAGAAACGAAAUGAGAUUCUCUCUGACUUUGAGACCAUGAAGCUUGCAGUGAUGCAGGCCUACGAUCCAGAAAUCAAUAAACUGAACACAAUUCUGCAAGAACAACGGAUGGCUUUUAACAUCGCAGAGGCCUUCAAAGAUGUGUCUGAACCCAUUGUAUUUUUGCAACAGAUGCAGGAGUUCAGGGAAAAAAUCAAGGUGCUCAAAGAAACCCCUUUACCUUGUUCCAGUGUGGACAUCAGCCCUACAAUGAAGAGCUUUGAUACCAGCCAGUGGAAUGGAAUAAAACUAGUUGAUGUGGACAAACUUUCCUUGCCUCAGGAAAACAACACUCUUAAAUUCAAGAUUCCCUCAGUCUUUUCACGCAGAUUUAUAGUGACCUCUCUCAUUUGCCUGCUUAUUCUUGCUGUCACCAGAAUGUCCUUUGUGGAGUCAGUCGUUGACAAUCUCCAGUGCUGGAAAUCUCAAUUCUUUACAAUUAGCUUGUCCUAUUUGGCAGAUACAGUGGAGAUAGCAGAUCAUGCAGUCUUUUACUGGGAACAGAUGACAGAUGGAGCUUCACUUCUAAGAGAAAAGUGUAAAAACUAUACGUUGGUUGUACUGGAUAAUGUUGCACAGUUUGUGUGCAAAUAUAAACUGUUGUGA